CUCGCUCGCUUCCUCGCUGGGCCAGUCACUGGCUGAGGUGGCAGCUCGCUCCUGGCCCCUUCCCUCCUCGCUCGAGGCCCCGGUGGGCGUGAGGCGACGACGGUGGGCAGCAAGCGAGCGGGGCUCCUUCGCCUCAGCGCGCGAGGACGACGAUGAUGAGAGGCGGCUGCAGCGAGGCGUCUCGGCAGCGAGUCCUGCACUGAGCUGCCUCUCGACACACGCCGGCCGGCCGACCGACCGCCAUCCCGAGCGGGGCUCCUUCCUCCGGGGGCUUCUUCCCGCGCCCGCCAGCAGAGGCCGCCGAAGAGGGCUGGCGGCGCCGGCUGCCCCAUGUCCCGCAAGGCCAAUGUGGAAUAUACCCUGAAGAGCCUCAGCAACCUGAUGGGGGAGAAGCGCCGACGGCAGCAGCAGCAGCAGCAGGCGCCCGCCGCCGAGGGCUCGGCUAGCCUCGGCGAGAGGAGCCUCCUGGCCGCCGCCGAGUCGUGCUCCAGCCUCCACAGCCAAGCGUCCGGCGGCGGCGGCGGCGGUGGCAGCGGCAGCGGCGGCUGCUCGGAGCUGGAGCGGGCGGCCCGGCGGCAGUUCCAGCGGGACGAGACGCCCAGCUUCGUGUACGUGGCGUCGGUCUUCUCGGCGCUGGGCGGCUUCCUCUUCGGCUACGACACGGGCGUGGUGUCCGGGGCGCUGCUGCUGCUCAAGAAGGAGCUCCACCUGGACGCCUUCUGGCAGGAGCUGCUGGUCUCCAGCACCGUGGGCGCCGCCGCCCUCUCGGCGCUGCUCGGCGGCGUCCUCAACGGGUGGUGCGGGCGGAGAGCCUGUAUCCUGCUGGCCAGCGGCAUCUUCACGGCCGGAGCCGCCGUGCUGGCGGCCGCGCAGGACAAGGAGACGCUGCUGGCCGGGCGCGUCGUGGUGGGGCUGGGCAUAGGUAUUGCUUCUAUGACAGUCCCAGUAUACAUUGCAGAAGUUGCUCCACCUCAUCUAAGAGGCAGAUUAGUUACUAUAAACACACUCUUCAUCACAGGAGGACAGUUCUUUGCAAGCGUUAUAGAUGGAGCCUUCAGUUACCUUCCAAAGGAUGGAUGGAGAUAUAUGUUGGGCCUCUCGGCAGUUCCAGCUGUAAUACAGUUUUUUGGCUUCCUCUUUCUUCCUGAAAGCCCCCGUUGGCUUAUUCAAAAAGGACAGACUCAAAAGGCGCGAAGAAUCCUGUCUCUGAUGCGUGGUAAUCAAACAAUAGAUGAAGAAUAUGAUAGCAUCAAGAAUAACAUAGAAGAGGAAGAAAAAGAAGUUGGUGCCGCUGGACCUGUGAUAUGCAGAAUGCUGACCUAUCCUCCAACUCGAAGAGAGUUAAUAGUUGGUUGUGGUCUACAAAUGUUCCAGCAACUGGCAGGUAUUAACACAGUCAUGUAUUACAGUGCCACCAUUAUGCAGAUGUCCGGUGUUCAAGAUGACCGGCUUGCAAUUUGGCUUGCUGCAGUGACAGCAUUCACUAAUUUCAUUUUCACUCUUGUUGGAGUCUGGCUUGUUGAGAAAGUGGGCCGGCGAAAACUCACCCUCGGAAGCUUAGCAGGCACUACUGUUGCACUUCUUAUUUUAGCUUCGGGAUUUUUGUUGUCAGCUCAGGUUUCACCACAAGUCACUCUUAAUCCCGAAGGCCCUUCAGGUCAAAAUUCUACCUGCACAAAAUACAGUUACUGUAAUGGGUGCAUGCUGGAUCCAAUUUGUGGCUUUUGCUACAAACUAAACAAGUCAAGUGUUGUGGAGUCCUCCUGUGUCCCUGUUAAUAGGAAGUCUACAAUGGAAGCAGCCUGGGGCAGAUGUUCAAAUGAGACCAGACUCAAAACUGAAGAGACAUAUUGGGCAUAUAACUUCUGCCCUACACCAUACUCUUGGACAGCGCUUGUGGGACUUAUUUUAUACCUGGUUUUCUUUGCGCCAGGAAUGGGACCAAUGCCAUGGACAGUAAAUUCUGAAAUAUACCCCCUUUGGGCUAGAAGUACAGGAAAUGCCUGUUCUUCCGGCGUGAACUGGAUUUUCAACGUCCUAGUGUCACUUACAUUUCUGCACACAGCUGAAUAUCUGACAUACUAUGGAGCAUUCUUUCUUUAUGCGGGAUUUGCUUUUGUGGGACUCAUUUUCCUCUACGGCUGCCUUCCUGAGACGAAAGGGAAAAAACUGGAGGAAAUUGAAGGCUUAUUUGAGAACUCCCUGUGUACAUGUGGCAUUUCAGAUUCAGAUGAUGGGAGGUAUAUUGAAUAUAUCCGGGUGAAGGGAAGUAAUUAUCAUCUUUCUGACAAUGAUGCUUCUGAUGUGGAAUGAUUUUCAGCUGCUGGCGCAUUUAAUCAAGCCGGGGUGUUGUUGUUUUUGGCAGGGGUGGUGGUGGUGGUGGUGAAGGAGCUGUUCUCGAUGACCUCCCUGCCCUGCUUCUGGUCUGGUUCUCCUUUCUACUGUCUUAUCUAGCUUCACUUUCCUGUUCCAAACCAUGUCGUUUGAGAUGAAUACAGCAAAGCAGGACAUUGAUCUUUCAAUUAGUCAAAAAGGGACAAUUGUGAGGGGGAGGGAAUUAUUCUGGGAGGAUAUAAACAUUCCAGGUGGGUGUAUGUUUGAGGCCCUAGAAAUGACGAUACCAAACUCAAUUGAUGAUAUACCAUGCAUUUUUGUCCCACUUGGAAAAAAAACAAGUGAAAAAGAACAGCUAGUCAGAAACCAGAUGAAUCAUUAAAGUACAGUUACCUGGCAACCGAGGGUUGAUACAAAAGUGCUCAGCCUCUUACAAAACAAGCAGGAGAGAGAGAAAUCGGCUGCCUGCUGUGGAAAUUGUAAUUUAAUAUUAUUACUUCUUUCAAAAGUAGAUUAAUUUGUAUGCAAGGAGAAGGCAAGGUGUUGCAGCUCUUUGGGCUGCUUCCUUCCUUCCUUCCUUUGGGCAUGCCUCUCUUUGUAAUAACUUGCCAUUGUUUUCCCCUUAUUCUGCCCUCCCCAAAGGAUGGAAAGCACAAUUGGAGCAACUAGUGCUCCUCUCUAAUCCACCCCCACCCCGAUCAAACAAACAGGCAGGACCUGUGCACAGGAAACUUUCCAUUAACUUGGUUGAGCACCUUUUAUUGAAUGAAACUUGCUCAUGGAUAAACACUACAGAAGACUCUUGGCCAUUGGAGAGAGCAUGGUUGGUAAUAUAGUUCUGGAUUAAGUACUGUGUGGAACCUUCACUUCCAGCUAAACACAGAAAAGUAAAAACGAAAGGGCUCUAGUACAGAAAUGAGUGUGAAGCACUCUAUAAACAUUCUGAAGCCUACAUCGGGAGUGGGGGUCCUUAGCCCUCGGGAUGCUGUUGAACAUAAAUUCCCAUCAGCCCCAGCCAGCAUGGCCAGUGGUCAGAAAUGGUGGUAGUUGUAGUCCCAACAACUCCUGGAAGGCCGCAAUGUUCUCCUACCCCCUCCUGCAUAUAAUUGUAUGCCUAAGGAAAAGGUGGUUCUGCAGAAGAACAGGAAGUUAAAAGCACAUGCCUAGGUUAGCAACUGCACUAAUCAAAGAGUUAAUGCUGCCAUCAAAUUUCUGCUAUGUCGACUGAGUGUCUCCUCUUAUUCCCCCGGCCCCUUCUGAUUCUGCUUCCCUUGGAUAGCAUUUGUCUCAAGAGGUUUUUGGGAUUUAAACAAAACCAGUUAAGGGGAUAAUAUUCUAGACCCCGAUCAGUAGUUUAUACAGUGGUACCUCUACUUACGAAUUUAAUGUGUUCCGAACGCACAUUUGUAAGUCGAAUCCCAUAGGAAUGCAUUGGGAGAAAAAAUUUGUAAGUCGAAGCAACCCUAUCUAAAAAUUCAUAAGUAGAAAAAAUCCUAUCUAAACCGCAUCCAAGAUGGCGGACGGAGCUCCAUUCGUAAGUAGAAACAUUCGUAAGUAGAGUUAUUCGUAAGUAGAGGUACCACUGUAGCCUCUUCCAAGUUGCAUUUAAGGCAUAUGCAUCCUCCUUUGUGGCUGGGAGAAAGGAAAUAAGAUUUUUUCUUCAAAGAUACUAUUAAAAGGCAAAUUAAUCAUUCAUUUUUAGGUGCUGCUUGUAAAACCCACAUUUGAAAAGCUGUUUGGGAGGUUUGGCAUGAGAGUGACCCCAAAGAGGACUUACAUUCCCACUGGCUCUUUCUGCUAAACAUCCAUGUGCCCUUUUAACCUUUUGACGUUUCAGGCAGGGAACUGAAGGAAAGGAAGCGCUGCCUUUCUCAAGGCUCCGAUGUGUAGAGCUUCACCUUUUCAAGCUAGCUGCUCUCUUUCCAGAACAAUACCGCAUUUUCAACAGCCACCGUUCAACUUUGAAAUGUAUGGCUCCAUCAAACGAACAGAGUUGCCUUAAAAUGGGUUUGAUCUGCAUCGCCUUUUAAAAAUGGGCAAAUAAACUAAACCGGUCUGCUUUUAUGAUGAAACUGGUUUCUGCCUGCCCCUUAAACAUUCUCUUGGAAUUGGUUGCUAUGACCAAUAAAGUCCAAUGAUAAUGAAGUCUGUGCCAAAAUUCUGCCUUUAAUAGGGCCAGUCCUUAAAUAUGCCUUCACUGGUUUUCCUGCCUAAAGCCUUAAUUGAGGGGAAAUGUGUGUAAGGUAAGCCCAGGAGGAGAUUUCAAAUUGAUAUCAGAAAUUUGCAGGGUUGGGGCUUAAAGCCACAUAGGAUAUGGGUGUUUAAUUGGGGAUCUAUUCGUCUUCUGUGGCUCUGGUUAUCUGCUUUGUGACAAUAAAAAUUGCUCAUUGUUCUCCCAAUCAGAUCAAAAGACAAUUGCUCUAGACAGAAUCUUGUCACAAGCCCAUGUGUUGAGCAUGGUAGUGUUCCCAUUUAUAUUAACUUUCUUAUUUUUCCAGACUGCGCUGAAGUCUUUAUCAACGGAAAAGCAUUAGCCAGCAUUUUGGUUCUUUGACAUUCUCUCAAAUGAUGUUCAGCCACCCGCCAUCCUCAUCUCUUUUUCUGAAACAUAUUUUAUCUUCUUAGGGAGUAUAUUUUUUUAAAGCCAGGCCUGACAUUUCCCCCCUCUCUUUACCUGCUAGAGGCUGAAAGCAGUAUAUUUGAGCUCACUAACAAGAGCACAAAAUCCACAGCCACCUUUUUCCAUUGCUUUAUUUUCCCUUCUGGACAUGCUGGCAUCAGUCUUCCUUUUGAUGUUGCUUUAUGCUGUAAUAAUGCCUUAAUCACAGUACCAAGAAUUACUUAUAAAAACAAUGAAUUGAAUGUUACUUGAAAAAGUCCUACAAAAUUGGGGGUUUUAUUUUUGGAAUCUGUGAAUGUUUAUAAUCAAAGAGUAAAGGAAAAAUGUUUCUAUUUUACAGCAUAUUUUUGUUUAUAUUUUACAUCUUAACUUUGUCAGAAAAGCCUAGUUUUAAUAUUCGAGAUACAGCUAUUUAAUUACAAUAGAUGAUAUGUAGUUUAGCCCUACUCAAGAGUAGACCCAUUGAAAUCGGUGGAUGACUACUGUUGAAUGUUCUCCAAUGUAGCAGGUCAAUCUCUACUACUGGGACUUUUAUUUUUAACAGAACACGGACAACAUACCUAAGCACAGCACUUUUAUUCAAACUUUCUAAUGCCCACAUGUUUCUCUAGGUCUGUUUGAUUCAGAUCUAUUGUGCUUCAGGUCAGUUAGUAGUUUGAGAUAUGGUAUAUUUGAGAAAUCUUAAAAUACCUCUUCUAAGAACUCAUCUUAGCCUAGCAAAAGCAAUCAGCAAGUGGAUGGAGGCUUCCAGUCCAAGGAUCAGGUCCUUUGGGCACAAAAAAAUUGCAGUGCAGGAUUGGAGUGGUGGCAUCUGUCUACACCUAGGGUUGUGUGUGCAAUGGACCAUACCAGUUUGGGUCCAAGGGAGCACACUUGAUAGGGCAGAUUAUUGGUACUGUCAGAGCUCAAUAUGCUCACCAUCCUAUGGCUCUAAUUACCUGCUUUGGGACAAUAACACUUAUUUGUUGCUUGUCUGAUCAGAAGGUGAUUGCUCUGAAUAGAUGUUUGUCACAAACCAUGCAGCCCACUCUGGGAUUUAUCUAAAAUAGCACACCAUUGUUACAAACACACCUUUUGAAAAUAAUGAUAAUUCAGGAUUGUUGGUUAAUUCUGUCUCUCCCUCCCCCGCCCCGGUUUAUCCAUAUCUUCUAUUUUGUUCAAUAUUCAGAUAGAUUUUGAUUUGUCUCAUAGUAUGAUAGAAUGGUGGACCCAGGUGGUGCUGUGGUUAAACCACUGAGCCUAAGGCUUGCUGAUCAGAAGGUCGGCGGUUCAAAUCCCUGUGACGGGGUGAGCUCUCGUUGCUUGGUCCCAGCUCCUGCCAAGCUAGCAGUUCGAAAGCACGUCAAAAUGCAAGUAGAUAAAUAGGAAACGCUACAGCGGGAAGGUAAACGGCGUUUCCAUGUGCUGCUCUGGUUUGCCAGAAGUGGCUUUGUCAUGCUGGCCACAUGACCUGGAAGCUAUACGCCGGCUCCCUCGGCUAAUAAUGCGAGAUGAGCGCGCAACCCCAGAGUCGGUCACGACUGGACCUAAUGGUCAGGGGUCCCUUUACCUCCUGCAAUACAGGAAUAUUUUACCCAACAUUUUACCUGAGAUUAAGAGUCUCAUGCUCUACUGAUUUAGCUAAGUAGAAAAUAUUCAUUUAUUUUCUGUUAUACAUUCUCUUCCCCCCCUUAAGUUAUUAAACAUGAGUAAAUAGGGUGAGUUCGUAAAGGUAAAGGUACCCCUGACUGUUAGGUCCAGUCGCGAACGGCUCUGGGGUUGCGGUGCUCAUCUCGCUUUACUGGCCAAGGGAGCCAGCGUACAGGAACUUAAUAAAAACAGGUAGCCUUGCCUGUUAUAUGUGCGCCAAACUUAAUUUCCAUAACUUUUAUUGUCCUUUGAAUUAUAGUGAAAGCACUGCUACAAGCAAAAUGAGAGCAGGAGAUCAUGUAGAAUUUAUUUUGAAGGAAGCUCACAUUAUAAAUGGAAAGUCAAUAUGUUUUUAAUGUCUAAGACCACUGAGGAAAAUGCCAAGGAAACAGCUUAUGAUUGAUGCCCACCAUUAGUAACAAGGAGGUGUUGUCGUUGAGAAUUCUAUAAAGAUUAAAGAACACCAAGCAGGUUUGAAAUGUAUUCAGUAAAUAUACCAAAAUAGUAGACUCUGUCCCAUUCAACAUAGAAGACUUUGUACAAGGAUGCAUGCCAUCUCAGACACAGAGCAGCUCGCCUAUAUAGGACAAAAAAGAGGGAUCUCAAAGCAGGCAUUGGGAAAGAGUUGCCAACUUAGUGCCACUAGGAGCCAGUUCAUCCUCCAGUACCUCCUAUGGUGGCCUCAGAAAUCCACAAGGCACCAGAAACUGUUGGCUGUUUCUGCUCUGUUCCUGUUUGCACUGGCUCAGCCCCUCCUAUAGUGACCAUGCCCCUUUAAACAUGGUCUUUUAAACAUGCCCAUGUUUCAUUGGAUGCCUGGACAACCCACUCUCCCAUCUGUUCGGAACAGAAAUAAUGUAGAAAUUCUUUGCGAGUGAGUGCAGUAGCAACUGAUGCAGAUGCCUUUCUCACCAUUGAAUGCCCUCACCGUUUUCUGGUGCCAUGUCUCAGAGAUGUGGCAUCCAUUAUGCCAUGUCCCCACGGUAGCCAUUUGUCCCUGCUGCCCAUGGCACCUUCUCAAAACUCCAAGAAUGUCCACUGGCCCCGAAAGCUUGGUGGCUCCUGGUUGAGAAAUUUGCAGACUGCAUAUAGCCAACAUACAUACCAAGCAAUGAGUCAGCAUUGGGCACCAAGAAGAACUGAGUUGGCUUAAAGUAGGGGUAGCAUCACAUUUCAGAAUUGGAUGGAUUCAGAAGAGUGCGCCCAUUUAAAAAUAAACAAAGGAACAGCGGAAGCCCAUUCCCUACUUCCAAUUUCCCUCUCCCUUUCUGAAAUAUACCUAUUGAGAGAUCAUUUCAAGGCGUGCCAAAGGGCCAGCUUUAACUUCCCAGUGUCUCUAAGCAACAUAAUGUAGCAGAUGAGCAUGCUUCUGGAUCUGUGAGUUUUCAUUUUGGACUUCUUCUCAGCUCACUCCAUUCAGAUUGGAGGAAUUAAAAUUAAUUCUCAGCAGACGUAGAGGGGGGACGAUGAGUGUCCAUUGUGUCACCAGUAAUCACGGGGACCUAAAAGCUGGACUGUCCACCACCCCCGGCUUAGAAAGGCUAGACUUGUUUUUGAGCUAGGUCCAGGGCAACAAGUUAUGUUCACCCAGUACUAGCUCAAAACGAGUGAUUCAAAAGGUACUGCAACUUUGGUUGCAUUCUAUAGAUCGGAGCCCAUGGAUGUUUUUGUACAUCUUCCGUUUGACUUGAUGGACCUUCAUAGGAGAAGCUCCCAGUGGAUUGUGCCCAGGUGUGUUUCCCAGUAGUCCUUAAAACUUCUAGAAACGUGAGAGAAGCUGCAGUGAAAUCAGUAUUUGAAAAAUUAAUGUGAAGAUCAAUUAUCUGAGUUGCACUUUAAUCAGUUGAUUUGUGCGUUUUUCUUUCUUUUGCCUCUUUUCUGGCCAGAAGCAUCAGGCCAGAAGCAGUGAGGCUACAAUAUGUGUUUUAUGGGUUUUUUAUUAUUACGACGUGUGUUAUUGCGGGUAACUUUGACAGCUUAAAUGUAGCUACUGAUGACAAAAUAAUGCUGAAUUAUUCUUCGGAUUUAAACAAGUCACUUUUUUCUUGCAAAAUUGUUGUUUUCUAUAAAUAGCCUUGUGUACAGCUACCAUUUGGAGUAACCUAGAAUGGUUUCAGUUGGGGCAGUGUUUUCAAGGUAAGAAGUCAGCAAAGUAUAUUCUUCUCAGUGAAAAAUGGCUCCAGUACUGGAGAGUAAAUUAUUUAAAGGUAAUUACAUAGAUUUAAAAAUAAGAAAAAUAUUGGGAAGUUAUUUAUUUUGUGUAUUUUCAUAUAGAGAAAGGUUUUUAAUGUGCCAAUAAUCAUCACUGUGGUGUUUUGUAACAAAGUGCUAAUGUUGUUCCAAGUACUGUAUAUGAAAAUAUUUUAGCCAACAGAUUUGUUAGUACAAUAUGAAAACAUAUUUCCUAAUCUGACUUGCAUCUCUUGGAAUCAAAGCAUUAAAAUUAGUGUAAGAAACUAGUUUCUAUAAAUUUUUGUAUGUAAUAAAUAUAAACUAUAUUACAUUCAGGAACCGGGCAUGUGUAACUAUAAAGCUUUACAUAUAAAUAUAUAAUGUUGGAGUACAUAUAUUCUUUGGGGGUUUUUCCAAAUGGAUGUUGACAUUUUAUUUUAUUUUAUUGUAACAUACCAAAGAAGGGAAGUAGAUGUUUUCUACUUCAAGGGUCACAUGGAUUGACAUAAAAGAGAGAAAAAAUCUGUAUUCGAGCCUCUGUCCUGCAACAUGUUUAAGUACAUAAUUGGUACUGUAUUGUUUAUUGUUUGUUUUUUAAAGUUCCCUGCACUUAGAAAGCUAGAUGUCAGGGAUUUUCCUUUUAUGGAAGAAAAAUUAGUUAUGCGUUUGUCUUACCUCCCCUGCUGCAGAAUAUUUAGUCAUAUUUCUCCCCUAUCUCUCCACCAAUCCGCCACCCAAGUCUGAAGUGGCAUUGUCCAAAAGCAGUUAUGUCUCAUUUACAUGCAUCUGUUUUCACAUGCAGGUGAUUUUUAGGCAAACACCAUUGAAUCAGUCAUCCCUCCUCCCUCCACAUUUAACAUACGCCUUUUUGUUGCUCAACCAACCAAGCCUAUAAUGUGUAAAAAGUGGUGUAAAUUUUAUGGCAAUGUAGUGCUACACAGUUGAAUGUUUUUAUGUUCAAAUUACCCUACUGAAAGUUCAGUGUCUCUCUACAUAAGAAUAAAUAUCUUUAUUAAAGAAUUGUCUGACAGUUGUAAAUGAACAAAAAUAAAGGUGAGGCACUUGAUUACAAAAUCUUUCUUGUGGUUUUAUUUGUACUUGACAGAGUUUUAAAGAACAUUGUCAAGAAACUGCUGUGAGAGAACCUAAUAAGGAAUUGUGUGCAUAUGUUUUGCAAAAUGACACCUACCUCUCCUAAGGGGUAGUAAAAUUCAUAGAAAGUUAAACUCCUGAAGUCUUGCUGAAUGAUGCACAAAGGUUCUAAUUCCAAUAUGAUGUCAACCAGUCUCAGAUUUUGGCAUUGGCCUUCAUUCAGCAAGCUUUAAACUGUCAUACCCAGGAAAAUGGUGCUGUGGGCUCCUUGAAUUGUAAACUUUCCUUCAGUGAACUCCCUUAACUUUAGAGCCCAAGGUAACUUUGCAAUGGUCUGAAACUAACUUUUUAUCUGCUCCAAAACAACCCCCAAAAAGAGACCCCUUUUCACGUGAAAAGGUCACUUUUGAAGCACUUUUUGAUUUUAUGGCAAUUUAAACUGAUAAAUGUCAAGAUGCAUCAUAAAAUCCAUAGUGAUCUAUGUACCAUUUGGUCAUUUGUUAACUUUGACCUAUUAAAGGCUGCCUUUUGUGUCAAAAGUUAACGCUAUACUUUGAUUAAAACCACCCACAAAUUGUGACUGUGAAAAGCAAAAUACACUGCUUUUUAAGGCAGCUGGUAUAGAAUUCAAAUGUCUAUUUUUAUUUAUUUUUUUAACAAUCGCCUUAGCUAGGAAGACUUCUCUACUUAGACACCCACCUAGACCUGGCAGCAAAACUUUAAAAAUGCAAAUGGGUAUCUGAGCCUACAGCUAUGCAUGCUAAUUUGGACAAGAAAUGGCAUUUCUCAUAUAAUCCUCAGAUCUUUACCCAGAAGGCAGCAAGUUUUAAUGUCGUCAUAUGGUAAAACAUUAGGCCUCCCCCUUGUUUCUCAAGGCAUACUGUAGGUCAGCUGUUUUUGGACUACAACUCCCAUCAUCCCUAGCUAACAGGACACUAACACUGUGAGCACAAUUGGAACUAAAAUACAUAUGUGAAAACUGCAUGAAGAUAUUGCUGAGGAGCGAUCCUCCUUAAAAGCGUCAAGAUCCAAAGGCUGAGGGUUUGGCCAUGACGGUGAUUUU